UAAAAACAAGAAAAUUAAAUGUCAAAAUUAACAAAGAGUGACGUUUUAUACAAUUGUAAUUUCUAAAAAAUUGUUGUCGAUAUUUGGGUGACAAAUUGGUGAGGUUUUAGCAUAAAUAAUACGUAUGGAUGCUUGAGUAGCAAAAUAUGUCAGAACAAGAGAAGGAAAGUGGGGUGGCUGCGACGGGGUCCAUUGUAUCGUUCGAACAGACAGCUGGUAGUCGGCACAAGCAACCUUACCGUCCUACUGAGCUGCAAGAGGAACCAACUACUGAUCUUCACCAUAAACGUUCUAGAGUGCCGGCUGCACCUAUCUUAGCCGAAGAGCUGAAAGUGUCUACAAUACAUCAAGAUCUUGAAGAACAGAGGGAAUGUGACCGUGCAAUGUCUUCAGAGAAACACAAGCAGAGUGAAACUGAAAUAAGAUUAAGUAACACAAAAAGGCGAGAGUCGUCGCCUGAAACAAUGGCUUUGACAACUUUGGAAGUUGAAACUAAGAAAAGAACUCUCACAGUCCCACCACAGCCAAUUCCAGUAGAGACAGUAAUAUCAACCAUUAAAAACCUUGUUGAUGAAAAAAAUCGAGGAACGGAUUUAGUUACGAAAUCUGAUGAUGAUAGCCUAACAGAAGAUGUAGCAGAGUUACGAAUAACCGAUUCAAUUGGAAAACGUGCGGAAUGGUCUGAUGACGAAGAAGCUGGUGGGCUGCCCCGCAGUGACUCGCGCUCCUUCCGCGUCUCACGCGCUAUGCGCCAGCUGUUCUGCUGUGGAAUGCUGUACGAGGCACCCUCUGAGGACAAUGUCUCCUCGGCACAAGAUUACAUAGAUAAGAAAAGCGGUCCAGACAAUAAUGACGGACUACUGGAUAAUCCUAAACAUCGACAUCAGGACAAAAUGACAAAAGAAUAUUUAGCGACCGAGUGUGCUAAACUAAAUAUUGGCGCCAAAAGUCAGUACUGGUUAUUAGAAGGCAAAGCCUCUAUUGGACCUUGUUUUCAUCCCGGGUUGCCAAGAGAAGACCGUUCUGGAAUUAUGAUAUGCGUUCCAAAGAAAUCAAUGAGAAAAGUCAAAGAAGAUUUUAACGUGAUACCAUCAGUUAUUAAUAUUUCAGUUUCAAAGAAAUGUAUAGCCGCUAAAUCGAAGUCGCAAAUUAAAUAAAUAAUGAAGAAAGUAAAAAUAGAAAUUUUCUACAGAUGCAUAGUUACUUUAGAUUUAAAAGUAUUAUUAAAUAUUGGUAGCAAGUUUACCUUCAAAUUCCAAAAAACUUCGUUUCAAAAAUUUCUUAUUUAGAUU